ACAUUACACGCUGCCGUCACCAUUCAGACGUAGGUGAGCUGUUCGAACGCAUAAACGUUUUGUUUUAAAAACGCUGCAAAAGGUUAAAAAGAAAAAAAAAAUAAGGAAAAAAGAAGAAAAAUAAGAGAACACCAAUCAUCCUAAAUUAAAAGAAGAAAGAAAAAACACAAUCAAAGACAAUUGGAAAAAAACAGAGUACAGUGAGUGGCCUAUUUUUGGCAAAGAAAAGUGAUGAAAUUGAAUAAAACAAAGUGAUUUCUGGUCCACUGUGUGCUUUUCACAAUUGUUUAAUAACUGAUUAGAACGGUAGCCGGAAGCCGACAGGCGUCAUCUUCGGGAUAACUACUCUGUGACUUACGCAAUUGUUCUCGCAUUGUUUCCACGGCGCAGGGAUAACGUCAGCAUUUACUAUACCCACGGACACAGCUGGACAACUUGUAUCUGAGAACAAUACGACCGCAAGGACAACAGCAUGGAUGAGGAACACGACGACGAAAGAAUAUGAAAUUCAAUGGGGCUUUAAAGCCCCGCCACGGAGCCUCCAUCGAAGGAAGCUCCCCUGGUGCUGGACAAUUGCGAAAGCAUCGCGUUAAACAAUAUCCCCAAGAUAUUUGUGGCAAUGCUCAGAGCGAGUCGUUGCCCCAGCAGCAACAGCGAUACCCGCACCAUCACCUGCACCACCCCUUCGGCGACAUCGAAUGUGGUGUAAAAAGCGAAGAAAUCAACACGACUUCCAUCAGCAGCAAGGAUAAUAGAUUCAAGAACUUACUCUCAAAGGAACGGCAACAUCAACAGGCGCAGCAUCUUGGCAAGCACCCUGAUGAGCAGGGAAUGGGCAAUGAUGCAGCACGAAUGAGACCUCAGAUUUUUACUCAACCAAGCAGGAUCACAUCGGUCACAGUGGCACAAAAACUAACAUCGUUUAUGGGUAGUGGCAGUCGGGGCACCGUAGCGUGGCGACAGGCUAGCGGCGCUCUGGGCGGGGGCGGAAGUCACGAAAUACACGCCGUUAUUAUACCCAAACAAAAGCAACAACUAAUCAUCACAACGCGACAAGAAAAGGAACACGGCAACAACCGCAACAACAACAACAGCGACAUCCAAAGAACCAACUCGCCUAACAACGAAAAUACAAAGCGUCCAAAAGCCAUAGCUACCAGUCGUCCCAGUAGAACAGCUACCAACCCUGUGACCAAUAACUUUGACGACGACGACAACAACAAGAACAAGAAGUUAAAGGCUAGCUCGAAACUCUUGGAAAUCUGCGACUGGCGUGCACUGCCCUUCCCGUCUGUAAUAUUUUCCAGAUUAUUUGAACAAUUUGCCUUAUUGCUGCUCUGGUUCGGAUUGUUAAUGCCCACGACCGGAAAUACAGUUAGUGGCAACGGCAGUGGUAUUCGGAACGGGCAUUCCGCUUCUCGUGUCACGAAAUAUAAUAGAAUAGCGAAAAUUAUGCGUAUCCCACAAUCGUUAAUGGCCUCAUUGAAGCGCAUUUGUUUUAAAAAUGCGUUCCAAUCACGUUUACCGCUCACCACCACCGCCAUCACAACCGCCCCGACAAAAUCAUGCGCCCUUACGUACCUGCUGCUGUCCUGUGCAGUGGCAGCAGUUCUGCUGCCGCAGCAGGUUUUGGCGGACGACGGCGAUAACUUCUUCUCGCCCAACGGCAUUGUCAUCGGAGAAACAACAACUGAAUUUGAUUAUGCUAGCCGUGGUCAAAAGAAGUUCGGUGACAAAUGUGAUAAUACGUUGGAGUGCGGUUUUCCUGGUUCUAUCUGUGAUACUAAAAAGAAGUCAUGCCAAUGCACAGAAGACUUGCCCGUGACAAACCAUUUUGACAAAUGCGGAAAAGAGGCAGCUGUCAACGAAUCCUGCUUUUUCAACGAGCAAUGCGAAGUGAAAUAUUUCCAGACCGAAUGUCGUGACGGUCGCUGUGUGUGUCGAUUCGACAUGACACCGAUAUGGCUGAAAGACGGUUCCGUAGAAUGUAAAGGUCGCCAGGAUAAGAAGGGGCCCGAAACCUACAUAGAUCCCGCCAUGAUUGGUGUUCUCAUUGGCAUGGCUCUGAUGUUCAUCAUCAUAUGUGUGGUUCUUCGUCUCUUUAGCCAAGCUCGAUGGCGGGAAAAUCGGACUAUCUUCAACACUCCGAACCCACGACUCAUGAACGUAUCGUUGCUGCGCGAGAGUAAACUUCUGCAUGGUCAGGAGCGGAGGGGAUCACGCAUGUCCGUCAGGGCACCAUCACGACAACCAAGUAUGGCUUCUUUACGUCCACACUCACCAAAUCCAUCGUUAGGUAAGGCAGGUUCUCGUUCGAACUCCCAUGGCAGCAACGCUUCUGCUACUUCGUUGAGAUCCACACGAAGCAACUCCGUUUCGCCGGCCAUCAAUAAUGCGCACCAUGAGAGGAAAGGUUCCACUUAUCAUCCACAUCUUCAGCACCACUCGCAGCAUCUCUCGACACCCGAGGCAACACUUCAACAGCAGCAUCAACCGUUGGUGCAACAGACCAACAUAAUCGCCAAUCCAGUUGCUGAAAGUGUAACCGUGGACAUUAUAGAACCGGAAAAAUAAACACAGCGCAAGUGUCCGGACGAUAAGAGAAGAAGCGCACAUACACGGAAUCUAUUGUGUGCAACUAACCAUAGCAAGGAAACCUCUACAUACAAACAUAUAUAUAAAAAUACACAAACACACAAUCACACACAACCAAUGGAAUAUGCUUUAAACUUAGCAAUUAAUUAAUAACAACAACAACAAAAACCACAAAAACGAAACAAAACAAAUAUUAAAUCUCUAUUUUGGAAUAUAACGAAAUCCCAAGAUCUAUGCACACUUUUUAAAAAUGAUAGACGAUAUACAAUAUAGGACGUGCAAGCGAGCCCCCACAACUGCAGCAGUACGAUGUGCGGGGUUCAUUGCCGAGUUCAUACUUUAGCUGCGCGUGCUCGUUUAGGAGGACACGAACAAAACCAGAAUAAUAUUUUUUAAAUUUUAAUUAUGGCAUCUUUUUAAAACAAACGAAAAAGCAAACAUUUUAAACAACCACAACCACAAGAACAAAACCAAAAAUAAAAAAUAUAUAUAUUGCCUUUAAUACACACCAAGCAAAAAAGCUAACUUAAAAAAAAAAUUAAAAAAAAACCUUGCAUAACAAAUUCAUUAUAAAAAAAAACAAAUUAUUUUAUUUCGAUUUAUUAAUCUUGAAACACGAUAUUUUACCACAUUCGUACAUACAAACACACAUACAUUUUCAUUCAGAGAUGAUUACUCAAAUUAGAUAAGGAUAAGUCAAACGUAGCUAAGUAGUUUGAAAGCCUACCAAAGAAGAAUUCCUUCAGCAAGGAAGGAGCAAUACUGCAAGACAAACAUUUGGGGGUUGUACUUUAUAUGCUGCUAAUUUUCUAAUAUUUCGCCACUCCUGAUUUUUACCAACCACCAACAUAGAUUAGAGAUUCCCAACUACUAGAGUCAUGGGUCUUGAAACGCCAACAUCGUCACACUACGCUUUCAUAAUUCAUGCUACUCACCGCAUUACCCCAUCGCAUUCGCCCACUCGUUGCACAAAAACCUUAGUUUUCUUCUACUUUGUUUUCCAUCGAAUAGUAAUUAACAACGUAGUCAUAUGAAAAGAAACACAAACUUCGGGACCAUAUUUUCGAAUCAAAAUAUGCGUUUCAAACAAUUUUCCACUGUGUUUUUGUCAUUCAAUUCAAUUGUUCUGUUGAAACAAAAACAAAAAAAAAAAAAAACACAAGAAACACUCUAAACGCAAUCAUUAUUUGAUAAAUCGUUAUAUUUAUAAUGCCCAGACUAUUAAAACAAACAAAAAAAAAAAACAAGCGCCCAAAGCUCUCUAAACAUUUUCAAAGAAAUUAAAACAAAAAAGAAAGAAGAAAGAAAAAAGAAAAAAAAAAAAACAAUAUUUACAUUUAACCCUCUAUAUUAUACAUGAUCUCUAUACAUUAUUAUAUACUUCUUAUAUAUACAUGAAAAUCGAUAUAUACACAUAUAUACAUUCUUAUAUAAAGAAACUAUUUUUAAUUAGCCAUUAAAACGAAAAACCUAAAGCGAACAUUUGAACAAAAGAAAAUUAGAAAAGAAAUCUCAUCCUCACAUUCACAUUCACAAAGAGAGGACGAAAUUUAGUUUAUUUUCUACACAUCAGAAGGCAUAACAUUAGGGAAUAACUUAAUACAAAAACAUAUACAUACACACAAAUAUAUAUUUAUAUAUAUAUCCAUACAUACAUAUGUAUGAAACGUAUUUAUGAAGAACUCCAAUAGUGCAUCUAAUCGAAUCAUCUAGGCUCCAAAUUUGUGCGAUGUAAACCCAUUCGUGGCAAAUCCCAAGGUAUUUCAAGAUCUGCUGGGAUCCGAAUACCAUUUCGGCUCCUGGGAGGAGCCAUACAUUAAUAGUCGCGUUUACCUACCAAAUCUGUACCCGGGUUAGCUGUGAUCAUUUACUAAUCACAAUAAUUACGUUUCCCAUAGACAAAUGUGAUUGUUAUGUGAUUGGCCAGUUAUCAGAUAGUUCCCACAUUUUGGCAUUGGCUUAGCAAUCGACCCUUUGAAUAAAUAUACGGGGAAGGUAUUUAUUUGUCGCUUGUUAAGUUCUAUCAAAUCGAUGCGAAUCGUAUCGAGUCUUCACUCGUGCCCAAGUAUACUCUUAAAAAUGGUUCACAAAAUUUACUUUACUUCGCGAUCAGGCACUGAGUUCGGCUAGUUCAUGAUUAAUUCUGUCGAUACUAUUGAAGACCGGAACAAUUUCCAGAACAGAUCCCCAAUGAAACAUUGUGAUUUAGUUAAAGUUCAACGAAUUUUUAGACAAGGCUUUGCUAUUACGACUUUUUAUUAAAACGAAUUUAGUUUUGAAGUUUGGGGAAGAAUUUCAAAACUACCAAUGUCGUUUUAACGAACAAACCCUUUACAUCCAUACAUACACAUAUACACUUUAGUAUAGAGAGAACAAUUACAAAUAUUUACUAGCUUAAUGUUAUUAAGAUUCGACAAACAAAUAUUUAGGCAACGUUUAAAAAACAAAAAUAA